AUGACUCGGAUCAUGGGAGGCGAACAAGAUGGUGAGCAAAGGCGGAAACACAACAGUUGGAAAAGUCUCACUAACGAAUUAAUGCACCAAGUCAUCCGCACGUUUCGCAACGACCUGAUCAAGGCGGACGAGAUCCUCCUCGGAAGAGGAAAAGACGAACAGGGCGAGCCUAUCGAGAGGUUCGAGGGGGUCGGGAAACUUUUCGAAGGGGUACUCCCUCAGCUAGAUGCCUUCUUCGCGACUCAGAACAACGCAGACGUCGUCCUUCCGAUGGUUUUGGAGAUCAUCAAAGCACAACAUCUUGUGGAGGAGCAAGGCGAGGGCAAGUGGCUGCAGCCACUCGAGGUUAUUCUCGGAGAGGCUCUGUGCCAGCAGAUCUCGGAGGUUGAUGUUGCUUGA